CGAGGUGGGCGGGCCGCCGGCGGGGCUAGCGGGUUGGGCUGCCCCCGCGCGGCUGAGGGGCCGAAGGAGGCUGUGGCGGCAGGAGCGGCGGAGGAGGCGGCGGCGGCAUGUGCGGCGGCUGAGGCGCCGGGAAAAGAGCCCCGAUGGCCGGCGCGGUUGAGGCCGGGAGCCCGCCGCUCCUGGCCCUGCUCUGGCCGCCGCUCCUGCUCCUGCUCUGGCUCCAGCCGCCGCCUCCGGGCGCCGAAGGGGCCGCCAGCCUGACCGAGAGCGUGGUGUGGGCCGUCAACGCGGGCGGAGAAGCCCAUGUGGACGUCCACGGCAUCCACUUCCGGAAGGACCCCCUCGAAGGCCGGGUGGGACGAGCCUCUGACUAUGGCAUGAAGCUGCCCAUCCUGCGAUCCAAUCCUGAGGAUCAGAUUCUCUACCAGACGGAACGCUAUAAUGAGGAAACCUUUGGGUAUGAGGUCCCCAUCAAGGAGGAGGGGGACUAUGUUCUGGUGCUGAAGUUUGCCGAAGUCUAUUUUGCACAGUCCCAACAGAAGGUGUUUGAUGUGCGUGUGAAUGGCCACGUGGUGGUGAAAGACCUGGACAUCUUUGACAGAGUCGGGCACAGCACAGCCCAUGACGAGAUUAUUCCCAUCAGCAUCAAGAAGGGGAAGCUGAGCGUCCAGGGAGAGGUUUCGACUUUCACUGGGAAGCUGAACAUUGAAUUUGUCAAGGGGUACUACGAUAACCCCAAAGUGUGUGCACUAUACGUCCUUGCAGGAACGGUGGAUGAUGUUCCAAAGCUGCAACCCCAUCCCGGCUUGGAGAAAAAGGAGGAGGAGGAAGACGAAGAGGAGUACGAAGAGGGCUCCAGCACUAAAAAGCAGACCAAUAAGAACCGGGUCCAAUCGGGGCCCCGCACACCAAACCCGUAUGCCUCGGACAACAGCAGCCUCAUGUUCCCCAUCUUAGUGGCCUUUGGUGUAUUCAUUCCUACCCUCUUCUGCCUGUGCAGGUUGUGAGAAGCAAGAUAUGCAGGCUGGCCAGAUGCGGGCCAGAGAGGAGGAGUUGGACCAAACACAGAGGCGGCUUUGGGUUUCUCCAUGUUCCUCAUAAUUUAAGGAAAAUAAAAAGUUUGCUUAAGGAGCCACAGGUACAAUAAAGGAGAGUUUGCAUCACCUUCUUUCCGGGGAAACUUCCUGCCCCUCCGCAGUCGCCUCUGCAGAACCUUGGCUCUCCUCCGACUGUGUCCUGAGCAGCCACCUUUCCUGCCCAGAGAGCCUCGGAGUAAAACUUGGCGUCCUUCUGGCUGCAAGAGACUGGUGAACUCUGUGCCCAUUUGGGAGGGGAGAUGGCUUAAAGAAGCAGAUUUUUCUUGGUGUUGAACCCCCUUCUCGGCUGGAAUAAUUUGCAAUGGUGUGCUCCAAUGGCGGGGUGGGUGGACAAGCGGGAGAUGGACUGGUUUCUUGACAUCGGCUGGAAGGUUUCUAAGUAAACACGGUACUUCUUUUCCAUUGCAAAUGAGAAAAGGUUCAAAGUUGUGGAUUGGGCUCUGGGUGACAUGCCCUGGUUGUUAGAACAGGACGAAGUGGGUGUCUGGGCUUAUCUCCUUUGCUGGGGAGAAAUACUAUGCUAUACUAAGAAACAGGCCGUUUCUUGUCAUGCCAGCUUGGAGACAGAAACCUUUGCUUGUCCCAGGGAUGGAGCUCCUGUCCUGUCCUGACCCACCACUCAUUCCCUCCAUUUGGUUCUCUUUCCCAAACCCCCAAGGAACCAUCUCCUUCCCUUGUGUAGUGCCACUGGAAUGGGCACCUCAUAGGUUGACUCAUGGCGCACUUUCCCCUAAUGGCCUUUUAAUUUGUGUCAGAAGGCUUCUCUUGGAGCUGAAUGUCACCUCUUUUCCUUUGCCAAAGGGCUCCAGGGCAGGGCAGCAGACGUAGCUUUGCUAUGGGUAUGUGUGUGUGUUUUUUUAAGUUUUAGAGCUGCUUUGGAAAGGGUUAGGUGUGGGUCAGUUUCAUGGGAUGGAUCUACAGCCAUCUGUUUCUGGCUUUUCUGGUUUGUUUUCCCUGGUGCGCGGAGUUGGCACAUUCUGAAAUUGACAAAUCUGUCAAUGAAGGAGUUGUAUCUGGGAUUUUGGUGAGGGCUUUGCUGUGUGAUCAAGGUGGAUGUUGGCAGUUGUCUCAGUGGUGAUGGAAGAGCUCGGACUCUUUGACCUGGUCCACUGUUGUCACGUUUCAUGGGCCUGUUUGAUUUGUCUCCCCAGUGAAAACCAGGAGGCUUGUCAUGUUUCCUUGUGGCUUUCUGAUUAUUAUUAUUAUUUUUUUGCCAUUGCUGUAGCAAAAGGAGAAAUGGCUAUCCUACAUUGGAAGGAAAGGUGGUAUAGAGUAAAGUUUCUUACUGGUCACUCGGAAGCGCAUCAUAAAGAUAGUUGAAGAGUUCCUGUUGCAAGGUUGGCACUCGUUGAUGCCAGCUCUUGGUGGCUGGAGCCCCAUGCAUUCUUUCUCUGCAAGCAUCACUUCCUUCUUGUUCCAGGCGCCCCAUCCAGACAUGAUCUUCUCCCUACUCCAUCCCUCUGCUGUGCUCUUGUAUGUCAUGGUAUAUGAUGGGCAAUGUUUGGCUUGCCGGUCCCCUGCUAUUUGCAUGUCAGAGACCUGACGGGCACGCUUCACAUUCCUCUUCAGAAGCUCAAAUCCUUUGAGACCGGUCCCAGUCCCUGUCCCUCGGUGGAGCAGGUGGGCACACUGCACUCUGGCCUGCACUCCUCACUUGUCCUCGGUACCGUCCUGGAAAGGAAAUCACGUCCAAACAGGGCCACUGUUUUAGGCAUGGCUCAUAAAUGCAUUUGAACUCCUCCACUUGUCCUGUUUCUUCAACCCAGCCACAAAUUGCAUCUCUUCAGGAAAGCCUACCUAGAUCAACCUGUGCUUUUUUAAAAAAAUUAAUAUGACAAAUGAUAAUAUUCCCUCCAGCCUGCCUGCUUGGUUUGCAGUUUCCUUGGUUAGUGUACCUCAUGUAGCACCUUUCAGACGGCAGCAGGGAUUUGGCUGGAUGCACCCUUGGAAGUACCAUCAGGUGGUUUGCCACCCUUCUGCUGUCUGCUUUUUCUUUUCAUGUUGUGUGAUGGGAUUGCAAGGAAGCCCUUUGUUUCUUAAAUCCCAACUUUCCCAAGGGCUUUUAUUUAACCCUAGUAUGGCUGGCUUGCUUAGCCUCCUCUUUGGUGGCCCAUGCCCUUAGGUACGUGGCUGGGGCUUCAGCAGGCUCACUUUGUUUUGAUGCUGUCAAUGGGGUUGAGCCCUUCGCCUUUAGAAGAUCGCCUUUUUCAGUUGCUUAUUGAAAGACUUUGGAGAGUUUGAAAUAUAUGGCAGCUAGUAGUUUCUCUCAUCUUGUUCCUUCUGUGGUUGUGCAGCUUGGAAGAGGUAUGAGACACCUGGUGUGCCCCUGGCCACCAAAGUUUUAACAGGGGAACUCGGUUGUGUUUUGCUUGUCUGCUUCCGCCUUCCCCCUGUUCCCAUCCUGCAUUUCCUUGAGGGGGGAUGGCGACAAUAUGCUGAAUGGUUUUUGGUUCUCAUCUACCCAUUUCCAGUCAGUUGCUGGUCCCCAAAAGAGAAAGUGUUUGCCUUGCGGCUGUUUGGGGCAUUUUGCUUGUGAGUGGAUUGAACACUGUAUCUUACUAAAAUAAGAGAAGUCAGAAACAGGUCUGUGUCACCAGAGCAGUCUAGGUCUGGGAAGAAAUGCUGCAAUUUAAGGUCCCAUCCCCCCACUUUGUCCCUUUAUUCUUGAAAUCUGAGGAAAAGGCCACAGAGCCUUUAUGCGAUUGGCUAAACCAACCGCCCGCCCCGGCUAAAUUGGUAUGAGGGCUGAGAUUCUCCUUUUCAGAUAGCUUCCUUGAUUCACUCUCGGCUCCAGUCACGCCACACAAAACUGUUUGGAGUGCAAAACUCUCCCGCCUUGGAAGCUUUUGAGCCCCUCCUUUCAUGUACACUGAGAGAACGGAUCCCGUUUGCCCGUUUUGAACUGUGCCAAGAGAGCCUGGCAGGUGGAAACUGGAGGAACACCAAAGUCGAAUCUGUGUCUAUGUGUGUUUGUGCCUUUUUUAAUUUUUCAGGUAGUGAGACGGCAAUAGGCUUUGCUUGCAAAGAAGCUUCUGUUUUAAGGAACUUCUAUUUCCACUUCUUUAAAAAAUGAAAGUUUGUGGGAUGGUUGGGAAACCUUAUCCCCUUUGAGCCAAACCGUUUCCCUGUCCGCCAGGAGUGAGGCGGCUGGGCUUCGGGUUUGCCUUUCCGGUCCUGAGAUGUGCCAUGCGUGGGGAGCUGGGUUUUUUAAGAUUCUGAUUUAGUUGGGAAAAGCAGCUUUGCGGCGAGAGCACUACGCGGUGGCCUUCCACUAAGCACAUUGCAGCCUCAACUGGGGAGUGGAAAUGCUCUUCACCAAACUCUCCAGUCGUCUCUUAGCAUUACUGCAGAGUUGUAGGAGAGGGAGACCGAGGUCAUCCAGCACUCCUGCAAUCGUAUAAUCUGCAAUUGUAUAGAAUCAUAGAAUCGUAGAGUUGGAAGAGACCUCAUGGGCCAUCCAGUCCAAACCCCUGCCAAGAAGCAGGAAAUCGCAUUCAAUGCACCCCUGACAGAUGGCCAUCCAGCCUCUGUUUAAAAGCCUCCAAAGAAGGAGCCUCCACCACAGUCCGGGGCAGAGAGUUCCACUGCUGAACAGCUUUCUCUCACAGUGAGGAAGUUCUUCCUGAUGUUCAGGCGGAAUCUUCUUUCCUGUAGUUUGAAGCCAUUGUUCUGUGUCCUAGUCUGCAGGGCAGCAGAAAACAAGCUUGCUCCCUCCUCCCUAUCCUCACAUAUUUGUACAUGGCUAUCAUGUCUCCUCUCAGCCUUCUCUUCUGCAGGCUAAACAUGCCCAGCUCUUUAAGCCGCUCCUCAUAGGGCUUGUUCUCCAGACCCUUGAUCAUUUUAGUCUCCCUCCUCUGGACGCUUUCCAGCUUGUCAACAUCUCCCUUCAACUGUGGUGCCCAGAAUUGGACACAGUGUGAUUCCAGGUGUGGUCUGACCAAGGCAGAAUAGAGGGAAGCAUGACUUCCUUAGAUCUAGAUGCUAUUCCUCUAUUGAUGCAGGCCAAAAUCCCGUUGGCUUUCUUAGCAGCCGCAUCACAUUGCUGGCUCAUGUUUAACUUGUUGUCCAUGAGGACUCCAAGAUCUUUUUCACAUGUACUGCUGUCUAGCCAGGCAUUGUCCCCCAUUCUGUAUCUUUGCAUUCCAUUUUUACAGAAUGGGGGACGUAUAAUGGGAAUUCUCUGCCAGGUGACUGAAGGCUAGCAUCCGGUACACAAGCCAUGCUGUGACGUUGACUUCCCCAACCCAGUUCCCAGUCUCUAACCUUGGGUUUCCUUGGCCCGGCAAAGAUACUGGGGCAGUGGGGCAUCAGUGUGCCAGUGCUUUGGGCUUCUGCGGGGGGUUUCCAUGCUCUUGACACCCACAGUUUACUUACAUCCCUUCUGGUCUCCCUGUUCUUCGGGACCAGUAUAACUGUUGGCAGUCACAGUACAUCUGUCAAAUUGGCUUUAAGAAGGCUGUCAAGAUUUGGCCUCUUGAAACCUAGAGAGGAAAUCAUUGAAUGGGUGGCACACUUUAAGUGUUAUGCAGCCAAAAGGAAGACAGGUUUUUCUUGAAGGAGGUCUGCUUCUGUGACCAGCCAGGGAACAAAAGCGUUGUCUCCUUGAUAGAGGUUCCAUCAGAGAGCCACAGAGGUGACGCUGCCAGGGUCCAAUGGCUAAAAUUCAGCAUGGGCAAAUGGCCUUUUCAAACAAUUCCCAGAAUCCCUGAUUUAUUGUGGGGAGAUUUAGGGAGUCCUAAUUUGAAAGAAACCGCCUUUCUCUGAACUCUGCUUCUGGGGAACUCUGCUGAAGGCGCCUGAAGGAAGAAACAAAGAGUCCUGUGAGCAUCAAGAGAUGCUUGCAGGACCAAAAUAAUAUUGGAACCUGCUGUGUUUAUGUUUCCCAGUAGGGGAGAAGAGGAAGUCUGCUUAAAUAGACUAUUGUGUUACGAUAUCUUGGCUUAAGGCAAAAGGAAGGGUGUGCUGGGAUCUCCGUAGAAUCCCUAAGCAUUCCAAAUGAGGCAUUGGCUUGGCAGCCGGGUCUGCCAGUGGCAAGAUACUCUUUCUCUCUGCAGGUCUGGUGGUCUGAUACCAGGGAUGGUUUGGGAGAAGGAUGGGCUUGACCUAGUCUUCACGGGUCCCUUGUGUUGACAAGACUCUUUCCUGCCUUUUUACUCCACGUUUAAGUGCUUUCACCCUUGCAAGGAUAGGCAUAUGGUGUGGUGCCUUGCUGAGAUCCCUUGGGGAGAAAAGGCAUGCCAGGGUUCCCUCCAACAUGAGGAAGGUCUCAUAAGAGCUCAAAGUAAGAAUUUGGAAAGCGGGUUCUCUCAGACCCAGCCUUCGGGUGAGCCUGGUGGUACAUUCUGAGUGAUUUCUAUUUGGGCCGAGGAGAGGAUCGAUCUUUUUCAAUCCCUCCUCCUAAGCAAUUGGGCGAAACGCAAGCAGGAUGUAGCAUCAUUGAUGGCAAACUGGGGGGGGGGGGGGUUGGAUCUCAUUCAUCAUUUGGAUUGGAUUGGGGCACCGCUUGCUCCGGAGGCCUGGGCACGCUUUGAGGCCGCCCAUCUCUAGGCUUUUAGGGCCGCGAAGCCGAGAACCCUGGUUGGCUGGGAUCUCUUUCCUCGCUGGCAACUCUUUCCCCGUAACAUAGACCUUAACACAUGGCUUUGAAGGAGGAGGGUGUUUUUAACCGUCCCUUUGCUUUCUGUCUUUAAUCAUUUGCAGUGAUUCUUUCCAUUAUUAUGAUUUUCCUUACUCAGUGUGUAUGUUUCAUAUCAAGCUUUUGGGCAAAGGGUGAAAAGCACAGAUGUCUGAUGUCUGGCUGCGUUGCCUUGGCAAACGGAUCUCUUCUUUUGUUUUCUUGGGGAAGUUGGAGGGGUGUGGGUGCGUUGCUUUGGGUUGCUUUCUCCUCCCCACCCCACCCUUGGCCCUAUUUUUUGGUACAUUUAGCUGGUUUUUAUUUUAUAAAUUUUGUUGGUGUCUUCUUUAUUUUCUUUUUUUCCUCUCAGGAUGUCUGGUUGAGGGAAAUAAUUCUGAAAUAUGCUGCCUGGCAGUUUGAACCAGCAGUGUGUUAAAAAUAAAUAAAAAUGAAAUUAUAUUGUCA